UUAUUGAUCGAUUAUUCGAGGCUGUCAAAAGUGAUGAAAUCCUAAACAAAAACACGCGUGAUUCAAAAAUUUUGUGAAAUUCUUAAGUUAUUUCAUUAGUUUUCCGUGAAUUUGUGCAAAAAUCUUAAACAGUUAUCGACCAUGACGAAGAAGAAACCGCUGGGAGCCGGCCUUAGUCGGGACGAGCGAAUGUUGAUCGUCGUCAGCGAAAUCAUCCAGGAACUCCUGAAAGCCCACCACGAAGGCAAGGACGUUAACUUGAACCGGCUGAAAACACGGCUAGCCUCCAACUAUGGCCUCCCGAGCGCUCCCCGUCUGGUGGACAUAAUUGCCGCCGUGCCGCACGAAGCGAAACCGAUUCUGCUGCCUAAGUUGAAGGCCAAGCCGAUCCGGACCGCGAGUGGAAUCGCCGUCGUGGCGGUCAUGUGCAAGCCGCACCGUUGUCCGCACAUCAACAUGACGGGCAACAUUUGCGUGUACUGUCCGGGCGGGCCGGAUUCCGAUUUCGAGUACUCGACGCAGAGUUACACCGGUUACGAACCGACGUCGAUGCGCGCGAUCCGGGCCCGGUACGAUCCGUUUCUGCAGACGCGCCACCGGGUGGAACAGCUGAAGCAGCUGGGGCAUUCGGUCGAUAAGGUUGAGUUUAUCGUGAUGGGCGGGACGUUUAUGUGCCUGCCGGAGGAUUAUCGGGACUAUUUUAUUCGGAAUUUGCACGACGCGUUGUCGGGACACACGAGCUCGAGCGUGGAGGAGGCGGUUCGGUAUUCGGAAAAGUCGCACACCAAGUGCAUCGGGAUAACGAUUGAGACGCGGCCGGAUUAUUGUUUGAAUCGCCACUUGUCGGAUUUGUUGGCUUACGGAUGUACGCGGCUGGAGAUUGGCGUUCAGUCGGUUUACGAGGACGUGGCGCGGGACACGAACCGUGGCCACACGGUGAAGGCGACGUGUGAGAGCUUCCAGAUGAGUAAGGACGCCGGAUUUAAGGUGGUGUCGCACAUGAUGCCGGACUUGCCGAAUGUGGACAUUGAGCGAGAUGUUGAGCAGUUUAUCGAGUUCUUCGAGAAUCCGGACUUUCGCGCCGACGGGUUGAAGAUCUAUCCGACGUUGGUCAUUCGUGGAACUGGGCUGUACGAGCUGUGGAAAACCGGACGGUACAAGAGCUACCCGCCGUCGACGUUGGUGGAUUUGGUGGCGAAGAUCUUGGCGUUGGUUCCGCCGUGGACACGCGUCUAUCGCGUCCAGCGUGACAUCCCGAUGCCGUUGGUCAGUUCCGGCGUGGAACACGGCAACCUGCGCGAGCUGGCCCUCGCCCGUAUGAAGGACCUUGGCGCGGAUUGUCGAGACGUGCGAACCCGCGAGGUCGGCAUCCAAGAGAUCCACAACAAGGUCCGUCCGUACGAAAUCGAGCUAAUUCGGCGGGAUUACGUGGCGAACGGCGGCUGGGAGACGUUCCUCUCGUACGAAGAUCCCAAGCAGGACAUUUUGGUCGGGUUGCUGCGACUGCGCAAGUGCUCGCCAGCCACGUUCCGGCCCGAGCUGGUGGACAACUGUUCGAUCGUGCGAGAGUUGCACGUGUACGGGUCGGUUGUGCCGGUGAACGCGCGCGAUCCGACCAAGUUCCAGCAUCAGGGCUUUGGGAUGCUGCUGAUGGAGGAGGCGGAGCGGAUUGCGAGGGAGGAGCACGGGAGCAGGAAGCUGGCGGUCAUUUCCGGCGUUGGAACGAGGAAUUACUAUCGGAAGAUGGGGUACGAGCUGGAUGGGCCGUACAUGUCGAAGGAGUUGUAGGAAGGUAUGUUGAAACAAGUGUUUAUCUUUAUUAAACUGUGAAUUUUGCUAGCUCACAA